AUGAUCACUAAGCUAGGUCAAGGAUUAACACAGGCCAACUACGCACAAGCAUUUGCCUUUCAUUACUUCCAAUACACUGCACCGAUCUAUAUCGUAGAUUCGUCGGUAGUCACCAUCAAUAGAAUCACCGUUUUCAACCCUGAUGGUGAAGUCUAUCACCCAACUGUUGACCCAUUGGCAACCGGAAGAAUUACAAAUCUCCCAAUUCCAACAACAUGUCUUCCAGAUCCAGGUCUAGACGGUCACAUGAUUGUCUACGACAAAUCACAAACUAGAUUCCUCGAAUUCUCAAGAUUCAAAUGGAUAAACUCUACAUUUGCUUCUGCAACCAGACACGACAAUUUCCUAUGGAAUGCUCUAGGAACUUCUUUACCAUUUAAUUCAGGUGGAUAUCCAUGGUGGAUGAAAGGUGUUCGUGGUUCAGGUGCACCUUUUAUUGCCGGUCUCAUUAGAUAUGAUGAAUUGAUCACAAGAGGUGAGUUGAAUCAUGCUCUGGCUAUUGCCGGACCGACCAACCGUCAAAAGAAAACCAACAAGCCCUAUACCUACGAAGCAUGUUCACCGGUUGCCGCUAGAAACGACGGUGCACUCAUUGCUGAUGAUGGUUUGCUCGAGGGCCAACGUAUCCGAUUGAAUCCAAACUAUGACAUUUCCAAUUUCGGUCCGAAAGCAAAGUUGGUUGCCCAGGCUCUCAAAACCUACGGUGGCUACAUAGUUGAUAAUUCACCAGACUUUGGACUAUUUUUGGAGAGAACACCGGGAUCUACAUCUUCUAAUUCGCCAUGGUUGUCUUAUUGGGCAAAUGACCUCAUUAGCAUCACUCAAAUUCCACUCAAUCAACUUCAAGUUUUAAAUUGUUCAAACAUUGCAACAAAAUAA